CGGUGGACCACAGCAUUUCGACAGCGGACGUUGUGCAUAGACAAGCAACGACGAGGCGAGAUUCGAGGAAUUUUUCAAAAGUGUUAUAGUUCACGGCAUGUGCAAAUUGGGAACGGACAAAAGUUCAAAAACUGGUGAUAAGGGUGGUUCUAAAAUGGCGAAUACUCAGCAAGCCGCUCCCGUUGGGGAGUUGGGAUUGAAAAAGUGGAAAAUGCAGGAUUUUGUUCCGUUCGGAAUUCCAAUGCAUUUGUGGAAUGGAAUUGUGCUUCUCGGACCGGCCCAUGUUUUGGGAUUCUACGGCUGCUACCUGGCUUUCACUGGACAAACCCCUAAUCCAUGGUGGAACUUUCUAUUUUUCAUUGUUUAUGGAUACUGGGGCGGAAUCGGAGUGACAGCUGGGGCACAUCGUCUUUGGACACACAAGUCUUAUAAAGCAAAUACGCCAUUGCAAAUUAUGCUUAUGCUCCAGCAAACCAGUGUUUUGCAGUAUCCUGUCAUCAAGUGGUGCCGUGACCACCGGAUCCAUCACAAGUACACCGACACCAACGCUGACCCGCACAGCGCAGGGAGAGGCUUCUUUUUCUCACAUAUCGGAUGGGUCCUCAGCCCAGAGCAUCCUGACGUGUUGAAAAAGGAGAAAACCAUUCCCAUGCAGGAUCUUGAGGAUAAUCCAAUCUUGGACUUUCAAGCAAGAUAUUACUGGUGGCUCGUUCUUCUCACUCUUUACAUCAUCCCGUGCGCCUUUAUGAUGGUCGUUUUUCCGCAGCCCCUGUUCCACAUCAUUUGCAUCAAUUACAGCAGAUGGGUUUUGACCACACAUAUCUCAGCGUGUGUUAAUUCUGUGGCCCACUUCUUCGGUUCUCGUCCCUACGACAAGUCGAUAUCUUCCGUGGAUAACAAAAUUCUCUCCAUCUUCACCGUCGGGGAGGCCUGGCAUAACUACCAUCAUGUGUAUCCUUACGAUUACAAGACUUCCGAGCUACCGUUUUAUCGAUUUAACGCGUCUACUGCCUUCAUCGACUUUUUCGCCUGGUUGGGAUGGGCCACUGAAUUAAAAACCGUUCCAGCUCAACUCAUCCGUGAUCGAGCACGAAGAACGGGAGACGGAAGCUAUCCUGAUACUCAUCACCAUUCCGAACCAAUUAUUGACGAGCAUGGAGAAAUUUUGCCGACAAUGAUUGAAGGGAAGGAAGCAUCGUGGGGCUGGGGAGACGAAAGUAUGGCGAAGGAAGCAGAGACGGUCACACGCCUCUUGAGACUAUCAAAGUGCUCGUAAUCGUAAUGCAUGCAUUUAUAACUUGUCACAAAAGCACUGAUUUAGGUCAAAGUUAUAUUUUUAGUCUGGCUGUGUGUAAAUGAACAAACGAGUAAUAGUUGAUGGACGAUGAUUAUAUUUGUAUUCGUGUAGAUAUACUUUCAUACGAUUUAAUGAUAAACAAAUAAAUAAAUAAAGACAUGUAAUGGGAGAUAAA